UGUGCACGUUCGGGAAUAAGUGGUACCAGUCAGAAACUGCGCGGUAAUAUUCCCUUACCGGCUUUGCCAAAUGUUUUCAAUAGCAGGGAACGAAGAAGAGAAAGGAGCAAGUCCGGCACCGGGCGGGAUGUACACUCACCGCCAAGCUGUAACGCUCUAGAAUCACUGGAAAGCAGGGCAAGCAAGGAGCCACGGGAUUUCGCGUUGGGAGGGAAGACACACAGUACGCGCACAGGGCAGUUCAGGUGUUUUGAAAUAACCGCAAAUGCAGAGGCACAAAGCUGAGUCGUGACUCGCGACUCGUCUGGGUCUGUGCCUGCUCGCCGGCCAGCUAUGUUACCGGUCCAAUGAUCUUCUCACACCGACAACCCGACGCUUCGCAAUGAGCCUCUAAAUUCCUGUCCGCUCGGAGUCUUCUGUGGACACAUCGUUUCCCUCUAGAGGAGGGUAGGCAGCCUACUCACUCAUUCAUUCCCAACUUCAGAUGGACAGCGCACCGAGGGCACCUACAACUAAGAUGCAUUGGAUCGCCCUUCUACUGACUGGAUUGACUUUAUGGAGCAAAGUAUCCGUCCACUAUUGCUUAGACUACGAGGACAAUUAUGACUACUAUGAAGAAGAGAAGAUGGAGACCAUAGACUACAAAGAUCCAUGCAAAGCUGCUGUCUUCUGGGGAGAUAUUGCCUUAGAUGAAGAAGAUUUGAAAAUGUUUCAGAUCGACAGAACGAUAGACUUGACACAUCACACACACUCGAAGCAAGGACACACCUCUGGGGGUGUAGGAGAACAUGAUUCCUCAAAGAGGAAGGGAUCUCUCUAUCUACUCCUGGAGAGGAUAAGGAGAUUUGGUUUUGACUCCUGGUCUAAGAACGUGAGUAAAGAGGCGCUAACCUCUACGCCCGUGCAGGACAGCAGCAAGAGCAGGAGGAGUGGGAAGCCCCGCGUUCCACGCGCCGCCACCUCCCGCGCCGAGCGCAUCUGGCCAGGCGGGGUCAUCCCAUACGUCAUCGGAGGGAACUUCACUGGCAGUCAGAGGGCGAUGUUCCGCCAGGCCAUGCGUCAUUGGGAGAAACAGACAUGCGUGACGUUCAUUGAGAAAACAGACGAGGAAAGCUACAUAGUCUUCACCUACAGGCCGUGUGGCUGCUGUUCGUAUGUAGGUCGUCGUGGUAACGGCCCACAGGCGAUCUCCAUCGGUAAAAACUGUGACAAGUUUGGCAUCGUGGUGCACGAGCUGGGGCACGUCAUUGGGUUCUGGCACGAGCACACGCGACCUGACCGUGACGACCAUGUCACCAUCAUCAGAGACAACAUCCAGCCAGGUCAAGAGUACAACUUCUUGAAGAUGGAGCCAGGAGAAGUAAAUUCUCUUGGAGAGCCAUAUGACUUUGACAGCAUUAUGCAUUAUGCAAGAAAUACCUUCUCAAGGGGCAUGUUCCUGGACACCAUCUUGCCGUCCCGCGAUGACAACGGAGUGAGGCCUGCCAUUGGCCAGAGGACCAGGCUGAGCAAAGGAGACAUAGCACAGGCAAGGAAGCUGUAUAGAUGUCCAGCAUGUGGGGAGACCCUGCAGGACUCUAUGGGGAACUUCUCCUCCCCCGGCUACCCGAAUGGCUACCCCUCAUAUACACACUGUGUGUGGAGGAUCUCUGUGACGCCCGGAGAGAAGAUAGUGCUGAACUUUACCACCAUGGAUCUGUACAAGAGCAGUCUGUGCUGGUAUGACUACAUCGAGGUGCGGGAUGGCUACUGGAGGAAGGCCCCUUUAUUAGGUCGUUUCUGUGGCGAUAAGGUCCCGGAGGUACUGGUGUCCACGGAGAGCCGCAUGUGGGUAGAGUUCCGGAGCAGCAGUAACUGGGUGGGCAAAGGCUUUGCUGCUGCUUACGAAGCCAUUUGUGGUGGGGACAUCAGCAAGGAUGCUGGCCAGAUCCAGUCCCCCAAUUACCCUGACGACUACCGGCCAUCAAAGGAGUGUGUGUGGAGAAUCACUGUUGCCGAUGGUUACAACGUGGGCCUCAGCUUCCAGGCAUUUGAGGUUGAGAGGCAUGACAGCUGUGCUUACGAUUACCUGGAAGUUCGAGACGGUUUGUCUGAGAACAGCCCUUUGAUUGGUCGGUUCUGUGGCUAUGACAAGCCCGAAGACAUUCGUUCUACCUCAAACACUCUGUGGAUGAAGUUUGUCUCUGAUGGCACUGUCAACAAGGCCGGCUUUGCCGCCAACUUCUUUAAAGAGGAAGACGAGUGUGCCAAGCCAGAUAAUGGAGGCUGUGAACAGAGGUGUGUGAAUACACUGGGCAGCUACAAGUGUGCAUGCGACCCUGGCUAUGAGCUGGCCCCUGACAAGAAAAGCUGUGAAGCUGCGUGCGGUGGCAUCCUGUCCAAGCUGAAUGGCACCAUCACCACGCCAGGCUGGCCCAAGGAGUACCCGCCCAAUAAGAACUGUGUGUGGCAGGUGGUGGCUCCAAACCAGUACCGCAUAUCCAUGCAGUUUGAGGCCUUUGAGCUGGAGGGCAAUGAGGUGUGUAAGUAUGACUAUGUGGAGGUGCGUAGUGGCCUGACGUCCGACUCUAAGCUCCAUGGGAAGUUCUGUGGGGCGGAAGUGCCCGAGGUCAUCACCUCUCAGUACAACAACAUGCGCAUAGAGUUCAAGUCCGACAACACUGUCUCCAAGAAGGGCUUCAAAGCACACUUCUUCUCUGAUAAAGACGAGUGCUCCAAGGAUAAUGGCGGCUGCCAGCAUGAGUGCAUCAACACUAUAGGCAGCUAUGUGUGCCAGUGCCGCAACGGUUUCAUUCUGCACGAGAACAAGCACGACUGCAAGGAAGCGGAGUGUGAGCACAAGAUCCACAGCCCCAGCGGCACCAUCAGUAGCCCCAACUGGCCUGACAAGUACCCCAGCCGCAAGGAGUGCACCUGGGACAUCACUGCCACGCCUGGGCACAGGGUCAAGAUUUCCUUUAAUGAGUUUGAGAUUGAGCAACACCAAGAGUGUGCAUAUGACCACCUGGAGGCCUUUGAUGGAGACUCAGACAAGGCGGCCAUCUUGGGACGUCUGUGUGGCAGCAAGACUCCUGAGCCUCUCAUCUCCACCGGCAACAAGAUGUACAUGCGCUUCAUCUCUGAUGCCUCGGUCCAGAGGAAAGGCUUCCAGGCCACACACUCCACUGAAUGUGGAGGUCGUAUGAAGGCGGAAACUCGACAGAGAAAUCUGUACUCCCAUGCCCAGUUUGGAGACAACAACUACCCUGGCCACACUGACUGUGAGUGGCUGGUCACUGCAGAGACAGGCUACGGCAUCGAGCUCACCUUCACCACGUUUGAAGUAGAGGAGGAGGCCGACUGUGGUUAUGACUACAUCGAGCUCUACGAUGGCUACGACUCCACUGCACACAAACUUGGACGCUUCUGUGGUUCAGGACCUCGAGAGGAGAUCUAUUCUGCUGGGGAGGCCAUGCUUAUCCGUUUCCAUAGUGAUGAUACUAUCAGCAAGAAAGGCUUCCAUAUCCGCUACACCAGCACCAAGUUCCAGGAGGCGCUACACACACACAAAUGAUGCCCUGCUCUCUCUCUCACACACACACACACACACACACACACACACACACCCAGCAGCACAGCCCUCUCCACAGCCAACACAGACAACGGAGAGAACACGGAGAGGAAUGGAGACUGAAAGAAGACAUCAUCACACACACGUUUGUGUGAUAGACUGCUCCUCAUAGUGUGUGUGUGUGUGUGUGUGUAUGUGUGUGUGAUAGA